AUGGAGCGGGAGAAUGUGUUCUGUUGUUGUUUCCUGUUUCUACAGUUGUGUGAGAUCUGCCAGGAGGCGUUUGAGACGUACUGGGUGGAGGAGGAGGAGGACUGGUUCCUGAAGAACGCCCUCAGGGUCGACGACAAGAACUUCCAUCCCGCCUGUUUUGAAGAUUAUAAAAAUACGUACCUGGACGCCACGCCGUCGCCCAACAAGACGCUGACGGACCACCCGCUGGGCGCCUUCGUGAAGAGCGAGGAACAGGAAGAGGAAGACGCCACUUCCUCCUGUGCUGUCGCCGCCGCCGCUGCCAUCGCCGCCAUCGCCGCCGCCACUGGCGCCGCCUCGGUCAAACAGGAAGUAGACUCUGAGACGGCGAGCGAGCUUCCCGAUGUGAAAACGGAAGAGACGGAGGUUUUAACGGACCGAGUCCAAUGUGACGAGAACACACAGUGACGCGUUGCAGCGUCACGAGGACUAGACGCACACACACACACACACACACACACACACACACACCACAGAC